AUGAAGAACUUCUCGACCAUAUUAGAGGCAUUGGACCAUCAUGCCAGAGAGACUCCCAACAAGACGGUGCUCACAUGGGUGGACAUUGACUGUAAGGAAAGGAAGAAGAUGACAUUCAAGGAGGUGGAGGAUGAGGCCAAUGCGGUAGCUGCUCGUCUUCUCAAGCUGGGAUGCCAGGAAGGAGACAGAGUCAUGGUGGCAUAUCCUUUUGGCCUCGAGUUUUUGGCUGCUAUGUUUGGAGCCAUGAAGAUUGGAGUCAUCCCUUGUUCCAUCUAUCCUCCCAAUCCCCACCAACUCAAGAUGGAUAUGCCGAAGUUCCGUGGUUUUGUGGAAGAUGCUGGAGCCAAGUUUGCCCUCAGCACCACUGCAUUUGCUACUGUCAUGACUGCAGCAAGUGUCUUCUAUAAGACUGGGGCCAAAUGGAUUGGAACAGAUAAGCUGUCAAUCAAGAAGAGCAACCCCAACAAGCCCAAACCACAUGAGAUGUAUGUGGGAGUGCCAGAGGACAUCUGCUUUAUCCAGUACACAUCCGGCAGUACUGGACGACCCAAAGGAGUCAUGAUCAGUCAUCACAAUCUAGCUGACACUUGCCAGGCUGGUGUUUCCUUGACUGAUUGUUGGCAACCAACUUCUUUGGAAGUCUUGUGGGUGCCCCAAUAUCAUGACAUGGGGCUUGUCACUGGGUUUAUGGGUGCUAUAUUUUGUGGCAACCCCCUUGUCAUGGCAUCACCCUUGGAUUUCAUUGCCAAUCCAUUGCUGUGGACUGAUAUGGUUGAGACGUAUCAGGCCACCAUCACAUCUGCCCCUAACUUUGCCUAUGCCCUUCUCCUCAAGAGGUUGAAGCAGGCCAAUAGGUCAGCAGACUGGAGUUGCAUCAAGCGUGCCAUGUUUGGUGGUGAACCCGCCCAAAGCCAUGUUGUGGAAGCAGUCGCAAGUACCCUCUCCAUCAAGCCAGAUAAUAUCUACAAUAUAUAUGGGAUGGCAGAAAUGGUUGUGCUUGUGACUGGUGGACAAGCCAAGGCAGACUUUGAUGGUCUUGUUUGCUGUGGGGAAGUGGACUCACCAACCCUCAAGCUCCGGAUUGUUCAGGAUGGAAAUGAGGUUCAGGAUGGUGAGGUUGGUAGCAUCUGGGCCCAGUCACCUCGUGUGGCAGCCGGAUACUUUGGCCAACCGGAGCUGUCCAAUGCUACUUUUGCCAAUGUCCUUCCCACUUAUGAAGGACACUGGCUUGACACUGGUGACCUGGGCAAGAUUGUUGAUGGGCAGCUGUACAUCACUGGCAGAGUCAAAGAUGUCAUCAUUAUCAAUGGCAAGAACUACUAUCCAACGGAUGUGGAGCUCUCUAUUGAUGAGACUUUUGGUGGAAUCAUACGUCCAGGGCGGACCACAGCUUUCCAGCAUGGAGAAGACACUGUUGGCAUCACAGUGGAGGGCCGCAAAGGUUUUAACAAGUCAGCAAAUGAACAUUUGGCUACCCAGAUUGCCAACCAUGUGUCCCAAGUCCAUGGGUUGUCAGCUUUUGAAGUCGUGGUUCUUAAGUUGGGUGUGACACCGAAGACCACUUCUGGCAAGCUCAAGAGGAGUGAGAUAAGGAAGAUUACUACCACAGGUGACUGGAUGGAGUCUACUGUGCUCCUAAGAUUCCAAUCCCCUCUCAACAAAAGUCAAGAAUCUUCUUUCCUGGAGAGGAGUUUUGCCAUGAAUGGUGUAACCAGUUGUGAGUUUUACCAGACAGAAGACAGGGUCCAUCAAGCUAUGGAGCAACAGGAAACACUACCAUCUAGAUCCCUUGCUGGCACCUUGGAGGACCAGCCGCACAUUGCUGUUGUAGGUGCUGGAGCUGCUGGACUCAUCACGGCUCUGCGAUUGGCUCAAAGAAAUGUCAAAGUUACUGUGUUUGAACGAAAUGAGCAGAUUGGGGGACAUGCCAGGCAUGUGGAAGUCUUUGGCCACCAACGCAAUCCGGCAUUUGGUGUCUUUUUGUUGAGCGAGUCACCCAAUCUAAUUGUCCUGGCAAAGGAGCUUGGUGUUGAACCAAUCCCUCUGGGAGAGUCAAGGAAUAAUCGCGGCAUUAUCUCAAUGGGGGAGACAGAGAUUCCGCCUGUACCACAAGCUGAAGUGAACCGUUUCAUAGGUGAAAUGCAGGUUGUUCACAAAGCUGGUGCUGGGCAAGAUGAGACAAUUGGGGAGUUUUUUGAACAAAAUCAGUUUGAUCACCACUUCAUUGUCUACUUCUACAUUGGGAAAAUUGUGAGCUUCUUCCCUGGUCAGACAAUCCAAGACUACCUCAACAUCCCACUGGAGCUUGUGGCUUGGUUUGUGGUGGGUGCGAGCAUUAGUGGCGAGCAGCUGUUGCGUCUUUGCAACAAAGAGUACAUGGAUUCUUUUGAGGCUAAGUUGAAGAGAUUGGGUGUGACAGUGAGGGUCAACAGUUCACCCAAAGUUUUGAGCCGUGAUACUUCUGGUGUCACCAUCGCCACUGGAAUUGAUGGUGAGGAUCCAAUUAGAGUUGACAAGGUGGUGUUGGCUGUCCCGCCCAAUGCUGCAGCAAACAUUCUUGGUGAUGCAAUAUCAGCUGAUGAAGAUGUCUUAGCCAAAUUUGAUUGCCCGCUAGAAACUCUUGUGCUUCAUACAGACUCAAAGUGGGUUGACAAGCAUGCACAAUGCAUACUCUAUGCCAAUGUUCCGGACUGUGAACCAUCAAUGUUGAAACCUUCUGAUACAAUUCCAUUGACAUCAUCUUUUCUCAGUGACACGGAUGGCUGCACACCCAUCUACAUCACACAUGCAUAUGCCACACACACAGAGCUUCAGUUUGAUUCCCCAGUGAAGAAGAUGUCAUUUACCCAUACCAAAAUCACAUGUGAAGCAAGCAAGCUCCGGAAGUCUUUGCUGCAGCAUCAAGGAAAGCAAUCCACAUAUUUCGCUGGUGGAUGGACAAGAGGAUCAAUGUUGCAUGAGGAUGCAAUUGUUAGUGGACUAUUGGUUGCCAAUGCCAUCCUCAGGGAAUACGAUAGGAUGCAACACUCUGUACUCAAUCGAAAUACAGAAAUUCCAUCAAAUCAACCGAGCCACCAACAAGCCACAGCUGGAGCACAAACAAACAGGAAGAUACCCUUCACAGAUGAUUUCUCAGACAGAUAUCUCAAUACAGUCAUGUCUGUGUUUGGUUCACAGAUUGAAUCAUCCAAGACUUGGGCAGAGAAUGGCAUGACAUCAAUCAAGAGUGCUGAGCUCAGGAACAAGGUAGAGGAGGAGUUGCAUGUUGUGCUGCCACCAAAUUUUGCACAGCUUUAUGAAACCCCAGAAGAACUUGAAGCGUUUUUGCUCUUAUCUGAAGGCCAGAGCUUCCCAACUUCAGCAGCUGUUCAGCAUCCUGAAUUCCAAUGGAACAAUCCUAGAUCACACUGCACCAAGCUCCAGAUGGGCAUUGUGCAAAUUCUGGGUUUUGUUGCUAUCAUACUCCUUCUUUUGACUGCAGUUUUGCCGUCCUACUUUGUUGGAGCAAAACUAUCUGCCCAAUGUGAUUCCAGUGAUGCCCAAAACUGUUCCGCCGCAAGUUGGUUGCUGCUUCCGCUCCUUUUCCCCCUAUUUUUCUUCUCUUUCUCUAUGCUUGUGGUUGUUGUCAAGUACGCUGUUGUUGGCAAGUAUCGCCAUCAAGAAAUCAAUUUGAUGUCAUGGGACUACAUUCAGUGGUGGUUCGUUGAUCGACUAAUUCAUGUCUGGGAGCUUCUUGUUGGUCAAUUUCUGUUGGAAACCAAGUUUGUAUGGCUCUUCUACUGGCUGCUGGGUGCGGACAUUGCAUGGUCUGCUAGAGUGGACAAGUUCAUCCGAGAGUGGGAUCUUGUCAGUAUUGGCAGGAACACCACUGUUGGGUAUGCUCUAAAAUGCAGAAAGUUUAGACCAUUGACAAAUGAGAGCCCCAAGUUGAUCUUCCGCCCAAUCAUCAUUAGGCCAGACUGUCAGGUAUCUGGCAUGAUAUGCCCUGGGGCUGUGAUCGGAGCUGGAUCCAAGAUUGAAAGAUUGACUGUAGUGGAGGAAGGGGGCCAAGUCCCUUCUGGAGCCAUUGCUAGAGGAAACCCAGCAUGCAAUGUCGGGGUAUUCCAGUGUGUGGAGUCAGACUGGAAGGAAGAGUCCCUUCUUGAUGUUUUCAGAAUUCUCUGGAUGUUUUUGGAAGCCUACCAUUACUCAGCCAUUUACUUCCUCGCCAACUCUAUCCUGGAAGAAGUCCUGCCAAGCUGGCGGUAUGAUGCGGUGCUGCACUGGUUCUUGCUCUUCCCCCUGUCCUCUCUUUUCGCCAUUGUUACAAGCAUCAUCUUGAAAUGGCUCUUAAUUGGAAGGAGAGAUCCAUCAGAGGAAUAUGAAGGCACGCUGUGGAGGAAGGCAACCAACUGGGCCUGUGAUUUCCACUUUCGUGUGGCGUCUUGGAUGCUCAGCAGGUACAUGGGACCAUCCAGACUUGAUUGCUUGAUUCAAUGGUUUCAUGGUCUAGAUGUCGAUGUUUCAUCAAUCAUGUACCACGCCUCCACAAUCUGCCCUCCUUCCAAAGUUGAUUUUGUGAAGGUACGCCAGUCCUUCCUUUCCCUGACCCACAUUGAACUGGAUAGUCCCUCUGGAGAGAAAAUUGAGAUUUCGCAAAGCUCUGUUGGAAGAGAUACCACCAUUCACGCUGGUGCCAAAGUCAUCCGAUCAAACAUACCCUCAAGAAGUCAAGUCUCAGACAAAAUUUAUGAUUUGAACCCUCCCAGCACCCAACUAAGAUUGACAUGGAGCUAUGUGCUUCUGGAAAUGCUUCUACCUGAAAUACUCCAGAUUGUCCUUCUUGCCUUCAUCUUUUGGAGCAUCAUUCCAGAGUACGAGUUGGCUAGAGCAGCUUUGGAAGACAACACCUCAACAAGAGUGGUUGUGUCGGUUGUUGUGGGCGCUGCUGUCUUGCAGCUCAUUGUCUGGAUCAUCCUUGCCAAGAUGUUUGAGUGGGUUGUCUUGAAUGCAGUGCAUCCCUCCUUACAGAGUGGAAUCUUUCCUGUUUAUUCCAAUUAUAUUGGCAGCUUCCGAGAUGGAAAUCCAAUUGAGGUCCUUCUGAUGGGAACCCCACUCUUCAAUCACUAUGCUCGAUUCAUGGGUGCUGAAGUCACUGGUGAUCUCUGGUUCUUUGAUUGCUCUCCUGAUGAGUUUGGCAAAUACCAUUUCCAGGGCCCUACGAUAAUGGACAAUGCUUAUCCCCGUGGACACUAUCUUGAUAUCAAUGGGCUCACCCUGGAUGAUGUCUACAUUUCUGGAGUGGUGCAUCCUGGAUGCUACAUUGCAGCUGGAGCUGUUGUGCAUGGAGAAGAAAACGGUCCAUUGAAAUCGUUCUUUCCCACUUCUACAGGAAAGGCUGGCAACAAAGAGGGUGGCACUAACACAGUCGACAAUACGCUUCAUGCCUCCGUCUCUCUACACUCUUCUGCAUACCCUCUUAUGAAUACGUCUGUUGCCAAAAUGUGCAGUCCCGGUGCUUCCGUAUCCAGCUUUGCCCUUCCGUAA